UUCUGCUUUGCUUUCUUCAUCUUACUUCUUCCUCGUUCGGCUCGUUUCUGUUCCUUUCAAGUGCACAGUUCAGGCCUCUCUCAACUCAGUGCCUUUUAUCUUUAUGUAAAAAUAAUUACAUUUUUUUAUUUUUGAAUUUUAUUUAAUACUAUUUACCAGCUGGUUGACCAAGAAAUAGGAUAAAUAAUGGAUGAUUUAGAUGAGGAUUUGGCCGGCUUACCUGGUGAUACGAAGGAAAAAGAGGAGGUAAUCAAUGACGAAUUCGUAGCAAGGGACUAUCAGGAUGAGCUUCUACCUCUGGCUGUCCAAAACAAUUGUAUUAUUUAUCUUCCGACCGGUUCUGGAAAGACAUUUCUUGCAACCAUGAUUAUUAAACACUUUGGUGCUGAUAUUGAGAAGAAAUUAUCGGAGGGUGGAAAGCGAGCUUUUUUCCUGGUGAAUACAGUACAGUUGGUGGAGCAACAGGCUCAAUCAAUUAAACGCCAAACAACAUUCACUGUUGGAGAAUACACCGGCCAGACAGGUUGUGAUCUCUGGUCCGAACAAAUUUGGAAAAGGGAACUGGAUAAUAAAUCGGUAAUCGUAAUGACAUCACAGAUAUUGCUCAAUUUGCUCAGCCACAGUUAUUUGAAGUUGUCGAACAUUCGAAUUAUUGUUUUUGACGAGUGUCAUAACGCAGUCAAGGACCACCCCAUGCGUUGCAUAAUGAAGUUUUUCGAAAAUGUGCCUGCGUCACAGCAGCCCCAUGUGGUGGGCCUGACCGGGUCUCUGCUCAAUUCCACCAUCGACGAAGGAAAAGUGAACGAGUAUAUUCGUGAAUUGGAAGCAACUUUCCUGAGUAGGAUCAUCACUUCUGUCAAUGAAAACAUGGCUCUUGCCAUUGCGAGGUAUUCCACUGAUCCACAACAAGAGAUGGUUGCAUUUUCUCCUGGAACCCAUAUGAGAAGUGAAUUAUGCACAAGCAUCAAUAUUGUGUUGGAUUCAGCUAUAAGGAAUGUUACUCUAUUCAAUUUGAAAAUGGAAGAGGACUUUGUACCUCUGAAGCCGUCCAUACAUGCGAUUGCAAUGGAGGAGAAUAAUAAAUUGAACAAGAAACUAGCCAACAUGAUCGUCGAUAUCAAGGAUCUGAAGCUUCCCAAUGUGAAGAGCGACUUCAUUGUUGGCUACAAUACGAAUCCUUUCAAUGACACCCGAGAAGGCUUGCUCGAGAAGAAAGUCAAUAAGAAGGUAUUGAAAAGAUUCAACGGUGGGGACACGAACGUGCUAAUCGCGUCGGACGUGCUGGAAGAGGGCAUCGACGUGCAGACGUGCAACACCGUGAUCAAGUUCGACCCCCCCACCACCAUGCGCUCCUACAUCCAGUCCAAGGGCCGCGCGCGCACCCGACAAAGCAAGUUCUACAUCAUGACCGAGGCCAAAGACUAUAAGGUAGAAGGCAAGAUUAAUAAGUUCGAACGGUUGGAAACAAAGCUCAAACAUGAAUUGGUUGGUAAAUUUCUGGAACGCUCGCUUCCAUCAGAGAAAGAAUUGGCUAAUUCAAUUUUCAAGACUACGAUAAAGCCAUUCUAUCCAUUGGGUCCUGAUGGUCCCAAAAUUGAAGGAUCUACGCCUAUAGCUCUGAUUAAUAGGUACUGCAUGUCUUUGGACUGUGAUAGGUUCUCAACGCUCACUCCAUUCUGGUGGAAGGAGGUUUCGAAAAAAAAUGGAUUCAAUGAGAAUAAUAUUGUUGUUUAUUUACAACUACCAAUUUCGUCUCCUGUGCGAGACGUUAUUAAGAGCGAUGCGUUUCCAAACGUGGAGCUGGCCAAGCGAUCGGCCGCACUGAAGGCGUGCAAACUGCUCUACGACAGCCGCGAGCUGGACGACAAAAUGCUGCCACGUGGCAAGACCUCGCAGCAGCUGGAGGACCGCGGUCUGUUUCCCUGCUGGCGGGACGAGGCCCCUCCCACCGAAUCCGAUGACUCGGCCGCCCUCGUGCGUGUGGGACCCGUCGUCAAGCGGCAGACGCUCGUCGGCACCAAAAAGUGCAAGUCCAUCUACAACAAAAAGUUUCCAGAAUGUAUGUGUGAAUGCCGUCCAAUGCCUGGUGAAAAGGUCUACAUGCACAUUAUAAAAAUGAAGCCCGUGUACAGUGAACCAAAAGGCAACCGAAAAAAGGCUUUCUUUGAGCUUUUGAAGUCUGAUUCCGAAUUUGCAAUUUUGACCACCAAAAAGUGGCCUAUGCUUUUGAAGUUCCCGUUGUUUAUAACAAUGGGUGAAAUAAAAGUGGAGGUAAUAGUCAACCAAGCGUGUCAGACGCUUUCACAGAAAGAAAUUGACGAAAUUUUCAACUUCCAUUGCAUAAUUUUCUCGGAUGUCUUGCAGUGCAUCAAUAUGUUCAUGUUCAGAGAUUAUGAAAACAAAGAACACUCCUAUCUGCUGGCUCCCAUAAAAUUAGAAAAUGGAAGAUCCGUCAUCAAUUGGAGUGUGAUUCGCGAUAAUCAGGAAUUCCCCGAAAUCAUCUCACCACCGGUUGAAGAAAGACAGAAAGACAUUGUUGUCACCGAGGAAAUCUAUAAGAACUCUGUAGUAAUACCUUGGUACAGAGGUUUUCUGCCCAGACAGGCGUACAUUGUGACAGAUUUAAGUAAGAAUGAAACAGCCCUCAGUGAUUUUCCGUCAGGUGAUUAUCCCACCUACGAGAAGUAUUUUGUAACCAAGUAUGCCAAUGUGGAAAAGUUAUACUCGGCUCAGAAGCCCUUGCUGGAGGUCAGAGCCCUGUCCAGGAGAUUGAACUGCCUAAGGCCAAGACAUAGUGUGCAGGCGACGUCGAAGCGCAAGAAGAAGCAAGAGGAGGAGUUUGAGGAAUCGCUGGUGCCGGAGCUGUGCGUGCGGUGCGCGGUGCCGGCCGCCUAUUGGCUCAAGGCCACCCUGCUGCCCAGCUGUGUGCAUCGCAUCACUGCGCUCCUAUUGGCCGACGAGCUCCGCGUCACCAUCGCCACCGAUCUCAACCUGAGCACCGUCACUCUGCCACCAGGCAGGAGUUGGCGUCCUAUCAGCGUGGACCAGCUGUGUCUUCGCGAUGAAGAGGAGAAGCAGCAGCCAGUGCUGCCAACUGCGAAGACGGUGACGAUCAAGCCGCGGCGUGCACUCGACCUGGACACCAACAACUAUCCGUGGGGAACCGAGCAGGAGCCCAUCGACAUAGAGCGCGCCAUCGACCAAGUCAAACUGGUCGACAUCGUCUUCUACGACGACUUUGUCUCCAAACCGAUCGUCAAACAAAAGAUCCAGUCGCUAGCUCAGGAUCGCCAACAGCUCGAGAUCAAAGCAUUAGAAUACGCUUCCAAAACAGUCACUCCUCAUCUCUCGAUUUUCAAUUCCAAACACGAAGCUCCGGGUGUAGAACUGGCUGAUUUUCUUCAGGUUCUGACUACUGCUUCAGCACACGAUAUUUUCAAUCUGGAGCGAUUGGAAACUCUGGGCGAUUCUUUUCUUAAGUAUGCCGUGUCUCUCUUACUAUUCAUCCGCUUUCCCGAACUGUCUGAAGGCCAGCUGACAAUGAUCAAGGGCAAAGUCAUCGGAAACCGAAAUCUGUUCUAUUGUGGUGAGCAGAAGGGCUUGGGCUCCAUUAUCAAGGCUGAUGAAUUCAACACAGAGUCCGAUUGGAUUGCGCCCGGAUUUUGUGUGGAUCGUACAGUGCAGAAUUUGUUUCGAGAGUUGAACAUAAAUCCACGCUACUUGUACGAAAUUCCGCUGUCAAGAGACGAGAUAGAAUGUGGCAAACUGUCGCCGAGAACCAAAGACAUAAUUGAGGAGAAAUUGGAGGAAUGGGAAGAGGAUUUGGAUUAUUGCAACUACAGCAAUGCGCACUUCAUUUCUCAGCAAGUCAUAUCUAAUAAGACUGUGUCGGACAGUGUUGAAGCAUUGCUCGGAUUGUAUAUCCAGAGCUAUGGACUGGAGAAAGGGUUUGAUAUGCUACGCUGGCUGAAGGUAAUCGACCCGAAGCUGAUCACACCUGACGUGUACACUAAGAAGAAGGUUGAGCCGACCAUUCUGUCCAAGGGCGGGCAAAUCGAUUUCCACAUCCAUCAUCCCGACUAUCUCGAGAAACUUAUCAACUACAAGUUUAAAGAUCGCGCCUUCCUACUGCAGGCACUCUCGCAUCCCACCUACCAGCCCAACAACAUCACUCCAACCUAUCAGCGGCUCGAGUUUCUCGGCGACGCCAUACUUGAUUUUCUGGUGACGACACACAUGUACGAGUAUUGCGACAACCUGACACCGGGUGAGCUGACGGACCUGCGCUCUGCACUGGUGAACAACGUGACUUUGGCGUCGAUCGCAGUCCGCAUCGGUCUGCACAAGUUCCUGCUGCUGCGAUCCUGCCAGCUGUCCAAGGUGAUCGAGGCAUUUGUCGAGCGACAGGAGUCGCGCAACCACGACUUCUCCGACGACACACUCUUCCUCAUCGAUGAGAUUGACUGCAACAUUGGCGAGUCCAUUGAGGUUCCAAAGAUUCUUGGUGAUGUGUUUGAAUCGUUGGUGGGCGCCAUUUUCCUUGACAGCAACAAAUGCCUAAAAACCACUUGGGAUUUCAUCUACAGGUUUAUGCACAAAGAAAUCGAAAUGUUCAGCAAAAAAGUACCGAAAAACCAUAUAAGACUGCUGUACGAGGAGAAUGUCAGUUGCUAUUUCAGGAAAUCUAUUUUGCUGCAAGAUCUCAAUAGAGUCAUGGUUAUUCUGGAGAUUGUCGUAGCCGAUGAAGUGAAGAAAUUCUAUGGAUUUGGGGAGACUAAGAAGCACGCCAAGAGGGCUGCAGCGAAGAUGGCCUUGAGAUUUUUACGGUCAGAGUAGGGUGUCCCAAAAUCCUUGAAAAUAAUGUACUUAUUCAAAAUAAGUAGACUUCUUGAAGAUAAUAAUACUAAUGAUGGGGUAUCCUAGAAGUGGCACGUCUUGAAAGACGUGGUACUACAAAAAGACUAAAAAAGAAAAAUAGAUAACUAUGCACUUGUUCUCUAUUUUUUCUUUUUUUAACUCAUUAUUUCAUGAGUCAUUUUUCUUGUUUUAUAAGGUAGUUCUAUAAUUUUGUUCUGUUCUUACUUCUUUUUCAUUGUAAGGUUACAAUUAUUUUUCCUUUCUAUUUUGUUAUCUUCUUAACAUUAGCUUACUAUAAGACAUUUUCUUUUUUUAACUCAUUAUUUCAUGAGUCAUUUUUCUUGUUUUAUAAGGUAGUUCUAUAAUUUUGUUCUGUUCUUACUUCUUUUUCAUUGUAAGGUUACAAUUAUUUUUCCUUUCUAUUUUGUUAUCUUCUUAACAUUAGCUUACUAUAAGACAUUUUCUUUUUUUAACUCAUUAUUUCAUGAGUCAUUUUUCUUGUUUUAUAAGGUAGUUCUAUAAUUUUGUUCUGUUCUUACUUCUUUUUCAUUGUAAGGUUACAAUUAUUUUUCCUUUCUAUUUUGUUAUCUUCUUAACAUUAGCUUACUAUAAGACAUUAGUCUUGUUAGCUUCAAGUUAUUAUGUACAAUUAAUACUUUAUUUUGUUAAUAUUAUGUAUGAAUUUGUACAAUUGCCUGUAAGAUUUUUGCUUUCCUUGCCCUAUUACCAUAGGUAAGGAAAGUAUUGAUUUCCGGAAAAAAAUUAAGGUACCCAAAUUUCUAAAUUUUUAUACGUUUCAAGGUCCCCUGAGUCCAAAAAAGUGGUUUUUGGUUAUUGGUCUGUAUGACAUACAUUGUGUGUGUGUAUGAGUGUAUGUGAGUCUGUGUACACGAUAUAUCAUCUCCCAAUUAACGAAAUUACUUGAAAUUUGGAACUUGAGGUCCUUAAAAUAUAAGGAUCCUACACGAACAAUUUCGAUCAAAUGCGAUUCAAGAUGGCGGCUAAAAUGGCGAAAAUGUUGUCAAAAACAGGGUUUUUCGCGUUUUUCUCAAAAACAGCUCCAACGAUUUUGUUCAAAUUUAUACCUAAAAUAGUCAUUAAUAAGCUCCAUCAACUGCCACAAGUCCCAUAUCUGUAAAAAUUCCAGGAGCUCCGCCCCAUCUAUAGUGCGCCACACCAAAUUUUUAAUUUAAGGAACUCGUUUAUUUCAUUUUUGUAUGAUUUAUUAAUAUCUUUGAAGGUGAAUAACAUUGAACGGUUUGAGAUAUUGAUGUGCAGUUUACGUCAUUCAUUUUCUCUUGAGAUUCUGUAUAGAAAUCAUGUAUCAUAUGAUCACCUUCACAUUAAAAAAAAAUGAAGUUGAAUCAAAAUGGUGGUUCCAAGAAGGCGGACCAAAAUUUUGAUGCGACAGAGAAGUAGUUUUUUUAUACGUAUAGAAUCCCCAAAGAACCUCACUGUCAAAUUAUCCUUGUAAAAGAAAAAUUAAGCUGUUUUCAUUAUUCUCACUGUGUAGCUUAUAUUUUAGUUGAAGAAAUAAAUUAUACUGUAGGUUAGAAUAACAACACAUUCUAACUGAGACAUUCUAACAGUAAACUGAGAGUCGGUCGAUUUUUUUGUAAACUUUUAGUUAUGCCUUGAUAGGUUUGAUAUUGUUUCAUUUUCAGUCAAGUUUCCUGUAUUUUUUAAUCUUUGAUUACCUAAAACUUCUAUAUAGGCCCUGUGUUGUAUGCACUGUUGUCGGUAGUUAUUUAAGUUAAUAAAACUUUUAUCAAUCAUUUGGUGCUCAAAAAAUAAAAAAAUUGAAACGGAAUAAAUUUUUAAUUGAAUAGGAUCAGGAGUUUUGAAAUGCAUCUAGUUAAUAUUGAUAUAACGGUAAUAGAGCUAAGGAGUUUUGCACUAUAUAGCAGUGAUAACGCAUUGUGAUUCGGUUUACUCAUUCGUGGUAUUUGAGUUUUCAGGCCAGGUUUUGUCAUCUGGCGGUAUUUAAUCGAAAACAGUUGAGUUGAAUCAAAUAAAUUAUUUAAUAUUUAAUAGUUGAUUUUAAAUAGUUAUUUUUUGUUAAAAUUGAAUCCAGUUCACAACUUGGAUCUUAAUAUAUAAACUUGAGCCUCUGGCGGUUUUUAAACAGUUAAUCAAAUAAAUAAUUCAAUAGUUAAUUUAAAAUAGUUAUUUGUUGUUAAAAUUGAAUCCAGUUCACAACUUGGAUCUUAAUAUAUAAACCUUUCACUUGAGCCUCUGGCGGUUUUUAAACAGUUAAUCAAAUAAAUUAUUUAAUAGUUAAUUUAAAAUAGUUAUUUGUUGUUAAGAUUGAAUCCAGUUCACAACUUGGAUCUUAAUAUAUAAACCUUUCACUUGAGGUUCACCACUGUAAUGAUUAUUGUUAUGAUAUGUAAGCUGAACUAUAUUGUUUAUUGUCAUGAUGUUAAUUAGUAUCUGCUAUCAUUGUGAAUAAGAUGUCUUAUAUUGUUAUUUUGGUAUCCAACGUUUUUGUAUCAGAAAUAUAGAAUUGUUAUUUCUGUA